AUGUCUAAAAGCAAUUUGAUUCUAAUUCUUUAACUUGAGAAAUAGCUUGAACUAUAAAUUAUGCGCUAUGGUUUCUAACAUUAAGAAAGUUAAAGGUUAUUACUUUUGUAUGGUAAGGUAGCAAGUUCUUAUGCUGAUUCAUAAUAAAGUGAAUAAUAGAUUGAUAUUCUAAAUAAAGGUAAAUAUUCAAGAUUACAUUCAAAGUUUAUAAAAAACUACUUCCAUAAAGCAUAUCUGUAACUUCCCAUAUUUCUGAUUAAUAUUGGAAGUUAAUGAUAAUAAUUGCUAUAAAAUUAAGUAAAUGUUUAGAUAUCAAUGGUCAGCUUUAGUAAGGAUUAAAUAUUUUGAUAGAGCUUGAAAUGAUAAUUAAAUAAAGUAAUAAGAGUCUUGAAUAGGCAAACUAAAUAGAUCUCUAAGAAUUAUAUUAUUUUCUUGCAAUAUUUUGGGAUAAACUAAAAAAUAAAGAAAGAAAAUAUUAUGCUGCUAAUGAAUGUAUAUUAUUGAUAAAGAGUUAAAUAAAUAGAAAUCAUACAAAGAAACAAAUUAAUAUGUUAAUAUAAAUGUUAGAAUUUCAGUUAUCAACUGUAAAUAAUAUUAAUUAGCAACUUUAAUUAUAUGGAGAGAUAUACAAGUAUUCAAAAAUUUACCUUGGGGAUGAAAAUUAAAAAACUACUUAAACUCUUCUUUAAAUGUAAUAAAUAAAGUAAUAAAUUUUAUUCGAACAAGAAAUAGAAGAACAUAGUAAAAUAGAAUUUUAUAAACCAAUUUCUAAAUAAGAUUCAUCCAAACAUCUAAUUACUGAUAAAAUGAAAUAAUGUCUAUAAGAUAAUACAACAUUUAAAAAAUAAAUUAGAUCUUCUUGUUCUAAACAUUAAUAAAGAAGAGCUUCAUUUUAUGAAAUAAAUAGAAAUAAUUCAUAAUCAAAAUUAUCUAUAUAAAUUAGUCAUCAAUCUAGAAAGAGUCUUGACGAUUUUAAAAAAUUAAAUGAUUAAACAACUAAAUCCAAAAUUAAUUCAAGAACAAUAAGUCAAGGGGAAAAUCAGUUUUACUAUUUUCUUAAUUGCAAUAACUUAGAGUAAAUUUAAUUCUUACUUUUAGAGGAAGAAAUAAAACAGAUACCACAUAAUUUCAAACAAUACUUGGAAAAAAUCAAGAUAAACCAAUUUUAUCAGGAAGUAUAAAUAAAACCAGUUAAAAUAAUUAAUCAAAUAAAACUUAAGAAUUUUUAGAUAAUAAAAAUGGUAAAAUUAAUUAAAAUGCUUAAUUAUUUAAUUUAAUGAUUUAGAGACCAAAAAUUGGUGUAAAUUAGUAAAAUUAAAUGAAGAAUUCUUAAACUAUUUAGAAUUACUAACUCAAAUCUAGUAAAGGUAAAAGUUCAUCAUAAAGUAUUUAAUGUAAAAAUGAUCCUUUAAAAAAGAUACUUAAAUAAAUGAAUACAUAAGAAUUUAACAAUACAAAAAAAAAUUAAUAAAUUUUAGCUACUGAAUUGAGUACCAAAAAAUCUAAUUAAGUUUAAGAUGUCUUUCAUUAACUUACUUCUCAAAAAUCUAUAAAUAUUUUAGGUAUAUAGAAUUUUAUUAUAAUUUUGCAGGUGAACUUAUUACAUAGUAAAAUUAAGUUGAUUAUUUUGAGUAAAAUUUGGAUAAAAUUAUAAGAAUCUAAAAAUACUUUAAAUAGAAAAUUAAUACAAUAAAAUUAAGAGAUGAUUAAAUUUAGAUAAAUAAAGCCUUAUAAUAAAGUAAUGAGGAAAAGAUAACAGAAAAAGUUUCAGAGACAAUAAUAAAACCUUAGAUUUUUAGAAAUUUAAUUAAACGUAGUAAUACUUCAUCAGUAGAAUCAUUAAAAUUUAUUCAUAAAAAAGAAGCAUAUUUAUAACCAAAAAUAUUUUAAAAAUAAAAAGAUUAUUCUUUUUAUAGCCAAGCAAGUAGUAAUUUAAUGAAUAUAAAAUCUGAAAGCGAAAUAAAUUUUAAGUAAUUUUGUAAUUAUAUUAAAUAUAGAGAAAAAUCAUAUGAAUAUUAGUUUCAGCAAACACUUGAAAAUCUAAAUUCUGGAUAUGAAUAUAAAGUAUAAGGAGAUUGUAAUUUUUUCUGUUCAGAUUAAUCUGAUUAAAUUUUAAGAUUCAUAAGUUUCAAGUCAAGAUUAAUUAAAAAUGAUUAAUUACUUUUCAGCUUUACAAUUGAAAAAUCAAUUAGAUCUUAUUAAAUAUUUUUACCAAUCUAAUUUAUAUCAGAACAUUGGAAUUCUUAAAGCUAAUUUGAAGGUCUAUUAUUUUGUUAAUAUUAAUUAGAAGAAUUUAUAGAGCUAAAUUUUACUAAAAUGCCUUCUACUUCUUAUAUCCUAAUUUAUAUGGGUGAUAAUUUUGAUGAAAUCUUGACUUCUAUUGUCUAAUUAUUUUCUAUUAUAAUGGUUAAUAUUUGUGAGAAAAAAUAAAUUAAUGGUAAAAAAUUAUAUUAUACUAAUCAAAUUUAAGUAAAAUUAAACAGAAAAUUGUUAUAAUCAUAUUAUCAAAAGUAAAGAUAAGAAAAAAGGUAGUAUUAUUUUAAACCUUAAAAUUUCUAAACAGAAGAUUGUAGUUUGAAGAUUAAUAUGAGAAUAAGUUAAACUGAUCUAAACCUCAAAGAUUCAAUCGAAUCAAGUUUUUAAAAAUAAGAAUAAAAGAUUUGGAAUGGUAAUACAAUCUAUACUAUAAAAACAAAUCCUAUUAUAGAAUCGCUUUAGGAGAAUAAAACAGCAAAUAAAUUAAUAUUACCUGAAGAACCUGAAAUAUCAUAUUUGUAAAUGCUUGAUGUUUCUAUUAGAGUUCCUGAAAUAAAUUAAUUUUAAAUGAAGGUUUUGAAUAUUUAAGAUAAUUUAUUGUCUCCCUAAUAUUAGGAUAUUAAACGUUUUAGUUGCCGGUUAUCUCCAUCUAAAUUAUAAUACCCCUAAAGAAAUUAAUCUACCUUUACUCCCACUGCUUCUUAAACAAAAAACAACAAAUUACUAUUACCUGAAUCAAAACACAGAAAAAUUUUGAGACGUCCUUAAACAUCUGUUUAAUUAGUUGAAGAAUCAUCUUCAAGUAGAUCUUAAAAGUCAAUACUCUCAUUAAAUAAUGAAUCUAAAGAUAAUGAUUUAUAAUUUCCAUCUGUAUCUCAAAGUGCUUCAUUAAGUUUUCAACCACCUUUAACUUCUUUUCAGAGAAGAAAUAUUGCAAAUGUUUCUUCAUCUUAAUAAUAAUUAUUCAAUUCAGGUCAUAAUCUUUUAGACACAUAAAUAAAUUUAAUUGGAAAUGAAAUAUUAGAAACUGAUGCUUUAAAAAUACUAGAUAUUGCACCUGAAGAAGAAGAAGAUGAAUUAAAUUGUAAAAUUAAAACUAUAUUCAAAAAAUGUGAUUAUUUUACAGUAUCACCUUUAUGGAAAUAAAACAGAGAUAUAAAAAUAUAAAAUUUUGAUGUUGAAUAUUUUUGGAAUUAAAAUAAAUAUGAAAAAUAAAUUUUUAAAUCUAUUUACAACAAUCCUUUUUAAUAAUGUGAAAUUCUUUUAAUUGGAAUUUUAAAAAUUGAUAAAUAAUAUUUUAUUGUAAGUGUUAGUUAAAUUUUAAAAUAGAAUAUUGAAUUAUUUAAUUAAUAAGUAUUAAAAAUAAAAGAUUUAGUAAAGAUUUAAAUUACAUUUUAAUUAAUAUUUCCUUUUAAUAAUGUUUGGAAAGACUCAGCUACAUUAACAUUUAAAGAAUUUAUCAAAUGGUUUGUUUCAGAUUUUGAAUUAUCAAUGUAUGUUUAAUAAUUUGGAUUAAGUAAAUUAUAAAAGAUAUCAGUUUUAUAAUAUUUGAGUUAAUUUGCACAUAUUAAGGAUUCAAAAUUAAAAUUUGAAUAUUAUGAAGAAAAAAAAAAAGAAUUUCAAUUUAAAAAAAUUUAGAGAAGAACUUUAGAAAUACAAAGAAUGGAGGCAAUUGAAAAAAUAUAUUUAAGAGAUAAAAUUGAUAUGAGUUACAUUUAAAGUUUAGGAUUAUAAAAUUUAUAUUAAGAAUUAUUAAAGGAUAGAGAAACUAAUAAUUAAAAUUAAUAGAGAAGAGAUAAUAAAUACAAGGCAUUUUUAUAAUUAACAGAUCCAAGUAAAUUGGAUCCAAUUACAUAAAUUCCAAAAUUCAUAGGAUUAGAUUAUGAUGGAGAAUCUGAGGAAUAGACAGUAUAAUUACCAAAUUAUUAAGAAUUAAAAAUAUUACAAUAAUAUAAUACUAUUGUGAAUAUAUAUCAGAAAUAAUAAAUAUUUAGACAUAAUUCUACAUAUUAUAUUUGGACUAAUGAAAAAUUGAAGAUUUGGAGACCAUUUCAAAGAAAAAUAUGGUAACAUAUCCAAAUAACAAAUUAAGAAAAAUUGCUGAAUGCUAUCUUAAGCAAAUUAAGAAGCUAUUUUUUAAACUAAAUGAUCUGUAAAACCUUAAGUUUAAAUGGGAAAAAAUUAUUGUAGAAAGUAAAAUUGUUAAAAGAAAAUUAUGUUACCAAUCUUAAUAUGCUUUAGUCAUAUUUUUAACUAGAAUAAUUUACCAAUCAGCAAUUUUAUGCUUUCAUAAAUUUAUUGAAUUAUGAAUUAAUUAGAAGUGAUCAAUCAUAAAAAUUUUGGGAAUCUUUAUUUAAUUAAUAUAAAUAAUUAUCUCAUAGUAAAAUAUUACAAUUAGGAGAUUGUUUAUUCGAAAUCAUACUAUUUUUCAAUAAACCUCUUAAUGUACUAAAAUAAAAUAAAAAAAGAUAUAUAUUUAUUAAAGUUAACCUAUUUUAGAAAUAUAAUAUGAAAACCAAAAUGUAUAAAUUAGUUUUAACUCUAGAAGAUUUGUAAAAUACUUUAAAGAAAUCUUAUGAUUUAAAUGACCAUAAUGUUAUUUAAAACUUAUUUAAUGAUGUUUAAUAAUUAAUGUGUAAAUAUGUUCAAUAUGAGAGAUUUGCUAAUUCUAGGCGUCCAACAAUAAUGAUUAAAAAUAUCAAAUAGGGUAAGACUUAAAAAUUCAUAAAUAAAUUACCUUGGGUUGUUAAUUAUAAUUAUGAUAAUCUUGAUGUAACUCCAUAUCCAUAAAAAUUGUAAUUUUUCCAUUAACAAAUAAAAUGUUUUAAAUUAAUAUGCACUACAAUAUAGUUUAUUAAAUUACCAUUUAAUUUUAUAAAUAAAUAUUAGAUUCAUUAAAAAUCAACUUAAAAUUAAAACAAAAUUCCAAGUAUCAUAAUUAUAUAAGAAAUUUAAGAUAUUAAAACUUAUUAUAUAUAAAUUUAUAUUCCACAAACUUGCAGAAGAUUUACAAGCACACUUCAUUUUAAUUAAAUAAAUACACUAAGUGAUAUGAGUAUGGAGAUAAUUACAGAUUAUGGAAAUACAAUUUAAAUAAAAAAAAGAGAAAAAUAAUGGAGAAAUUUAAUCAAAAGUUUUACAUUUUCUAUAAAUUAGGAGAUGAAAUUAAUAUUAAAAAUUGAAAAUAUAUAAGUGGAAUCAAUUUUAUAAGAGGUUUUAUUAUAUGAGAUUAAAUCAAUUGAAAAAACAAAAGAGGCUAUUCUUUUUAAAACAUUUAUUGAAUAAAAACAAAAAUAUGGAUCUGAAUAUUUUAAUAUUAAUUAUCCUUUAAGAAUAAAUGAAGCUAAAAAUAUCAAUAUGGUUAUAUAAUUAUAAUGGUUAAAUUAAUAAGAUAAAAUAUAAUAAUAUAGAUUACCUUUAUAUGAAUUAAUGAUGGGAUAUUUUGAUAAAUAAUUAUCUAAUUAAAAUAUUUUUGAUUAUAAAUUUAGAAUUAUUGAUUUAAUAAAAAUGAGUGAAAUCUCAAUAGAAAAUAUUAUAAUAAAUUAUUCUUUGGAUUUAGAAAUGAAAUAAAAUAAUACUUUUCAAUUUUUGAUGCCUCAUUAAAUUUAUUAAAAUGAAAGUUAAACAAUAAAAUUAAAUGUGAAUUUAAGAACAUUAUAAAUUAAUAAGUCUAGAUUUAAAUUAUUAUUCAGAGGAGUUUUAUUAUAAAAACCAUAGAUAUUAGUAGGAAUAUAUUAUAUAUAUUAAAAAACCAAAUUGUAUUUUUAAAUAUAACGAGUGAGUGAUGGUUAAUAAUAUAUGUAUAAAAUUUAAUUUGAGGAUAUAGAUAAUUAGUAUCCAGGAUUUUAAUAGAAUUUGAAAGUGAAUUAAAGAGAAGUAGGGUCAAAUAUUUUUAGAAUGUUCAAAAGAAAAUUGAUUUUAUAAUGUUAAUAUCAAUUAAAUUGA